CAGCUUAGCUCAUCUCUCCCAGCUCAUGUUGUUAAGUCCUCAGGACAAAAUGUUACAUGUCUUCUCUGCAGGAGCUAUGUGACUCUCAACUGGGCUUAUUUUUUAAACUAGAAAGCAUCAUGGAAACGCCAAUGAGUACAGGAGAUGCACUCCAUCACCUGGACAAAAGGAAACAAGACUUAAAGAAAAUAUAAACAUUUCCCCUUGACCCAGGGGUUGAAGCUCUCCUCUGUUAGGGAAGGAUUAUUACAUAGAUCUUAGGCAAAAGGCUGAAACAAAACUUUUAAAUUCCUCACUGCUACAGUAUAACCACUCCCCAUAGAGACUUAGUGUCAUUUACACUCAGAACUUACGUUCACCAGAGAUGAAAUUGGAAACUCAACAUAAAUACCACAAACUUUGACAUCAAGCAUAUAGGGGUGGGAAGGAGCUCCCCUCUGCCUUUUUCCUGUUUAUUAAUCCUGCUAAAUGGUGAAAAACCCAGUGGUUCCUACACUGUUGAACGGUUGAGAAUGCUAUCAAUGUCUUCAAAAUUUAAUAACCUGGGAAAAGUCCCAAUUGACUUCCCCUUAGUUAUACCCUAAUGCGUGUCCCCUGGCAACCUUCAACUACUCAAGGAAACAAGUAGGAGUCCUCCGUCAGAAACCCCUGACUUCUCCCAAAAGCCAACAGUAAAAUCCUAGGAUCAUAGAUUUUGAGUUGAAAUAUUUAUUAAGCACCUACUACAUGCCAGGGACUGUGCCAGGUGCUUUACAGAUAUCUCUUUUGACUCUAGCAAGGACCCUGAGGUAGGUCCAUUAUUUCUUUGAUUUUGCAGUCGAGGAAAUUGAGAUAGAGUCCAGAAUCACCCAGCUGAGGGGGAGGGGGAAAGGGGGGUUUGAAUCCAGGUCCUCUGAGUCCAGUUCAGUGCUUUUAAACUGUUCUGAGGUGGAGCCCGUUCGCCCUCUCAUUGCUGGAGUGGCCCAGGAGCACCUGGUACCUGACUCAUGGGUUCUAAGGUUUCAGGUGGCAUCCGGGAAUAGUCUCACCAACAGAUGUAGGGAAGGCUCCUUUUGGACUGGGCGGCGGGCAAGGUCAGAGUCAGCAAAUCCGCCCCUAAAAAUAGGCUCUGGUUUCCAAGCGGGUGAGGUCGCCAGUCUGGCUCCGUGACAUGCGACCGGGAUACCUGCUCCCUGCGGCACUCCUGGUGCUCACAGGUUUAUGGCUGAAGGAAGGGCUCCUUAUUCACGCAGAGCUCAGCUCUUGUGCAGUGAAGAACAUUAUUACUUGCCAGAAAACUCUAGCUGAGGGGCUGACCUGCUAUCCCACCAAGCCUGUGAAGAGAACCAAGAAAUCUCUUAGCAAAACGAUGACUUCCCGGCAGUCAAAGACCAGUCUGAACAAGACUCUGGGGUCCAGCAAAGAAGAAUCAGAUGACGAGUACAUCACGCCGGGGGCCUUUGAGCUGGAGCGUCUCUUUUGGAAGGGCAGUCCCCAAUACACCCAUGUCAACGAGGUCUGGCCCAAACUCUACAUUGGAGAUGAAGCCACAGCACUAGACCGGUACAGCUUGGAGAAAUCUGGCUUUACCCACAUCCUGAACGCUGCCCAUGGCCGAUGGAACGUAGACACGGGCCCAGAGUACUACAGAGACAUGGCUAUCAAGUACCACGGCGUGGAGGCUGACGACCUCCCCACCUUCAACCUCAGUGAAUUCUUCUACUCAGCUGCCGAAUUCAUUGACGCGGCGCUCCAAAGUGACAGGAAUAAGAUUCUGGUUCACUGUGCUAUGGGCCGAAGUCGCUCAGCUACCCUGGUCUUGGCGUACCUGAUGAUUUACAGGAACAUGACAGUGGUGGAUGCCAUUGAACAAGUCUCCAAGAAUCGCUGCGUUCUGCCCAAUCGUGGGUUUCUCAAACAGCUCCGGGAACUGGACAAACAGCUGCUCCUCCAAAGGCGGAAUGCUCAGUCUAAUGAAGAAGAGAACUUGGAAGAGAAAGAAAUCUAAGGCUUGAAAACCCCGACAUACAAAGUUGCCCCAAAAUACUUUGUGCUGGAGAAAAAUAUUUUUAAAGACCCCUCCCCCCACACACAUAAUACACAAUAGUUCCUUAAAGUUCUUUGGCAUGAAGAAGGGAAAACAUGGAUGCAAGCCAUUUUUUCUUGAGAAUAGUUUUGAGCUUCCCAGGGAGUACUAUUGGAACAUAUUAGGGGAUUGUAUAAAGCCUAUACUCCCUAAGCUGCUACCCUGUAGGGUCUGAUACUUUGUUUCACAGCAAGAGGAAAAGGAAAAGGUUUUUACAGUGGAAUUGGUUGCACAUGAGCAUGUAGUGCUGGAGUAAAAGAUACUUCAGUCUAUAAUGGGAUGGUGGGAAUGGCUGGAAAACACGUAGAAUCUGUGCUACGCUCCAAACUUUGGGUCCUGUCUUGGAAGAAAGACACAUUUUCCUACGGCUUUAUGGUUUUUUUACAACACAAAUUUUAUAGCAACCAAAAAGUUGGGCUUAUGGCAUUUGGGGUGUGUUACAAGAGUGUCACCUUAACACUUCGUCUCCUCUGGGUUGGUCCUAAGUCUCUUUCCCUAACUCUGCUCACAGUUCCAAGCACUGUCCUUCCACCAUCCCACACUGGGCCGCCCAGGACUGUUCUCAGCUGACCCAACAUUUGUCUAUGCUUGUCUUUGGGAAGUGACUACCUGAGCAGGCUGACGCGUGUGUAUGAUCUGUCUUCCUAAUAAUGCUCAUCUGAUAGGGCUGACACAACCACCCAGACUCACUCAAGCUCUUAUGUUUAGAAAGAACUGAUGGGUUUGAAAGGGUCAGAGCAGAACAAAAGCAAGAACAGGGACCAUCUGUCAAUUCUUUUUUUUUUUUUUUUGGAGAGAUCUUUUCCUAUCCCAUGCACAGAGUCAUAUAAUAUUAGACCUGCAAUAGUUCUUUAAGUGCAUGUAGUCAAAUUUUCUCUUUACAAUUGAGGAAACUGAGGCUCAAAGAAAAGUGUCUGCACAAAGUCAUAUAGCUAACCUGGUGGCAUAAAAAAGACUAGAACUUAAAUCUUUAUUUGCUUUUCCCAUUUUGCCAUACCCACUUCUUUUAAAAAUGUUAUAUUAAAGUAGCAUUAAAAUUAGGGUUAAAAUUAGUUUCAGGGGCAGCUAGGUGGUAUAGUGGCUUGAAGUCAGGAAUCCGGUCUCAGAAACUUAAUGAUCAUGUGAUCCUGGGUAAGUCUCUUCACCCCAAUUGCCUCAGUUUCCUCAUCUGUAAAAUGAGCUGGAGAAAGAGAUCGCAAACCACGCUAAUAUCCUUACCAAGAAAAUCCCAAAUGGGGUCAUGAAGAUUCAUACACAACCGAAAAAGCACAAAAAUUAAAACAAGGAGCUCAUAAAUCUGAAUUCUAGGCCUGAGCUAUAUAUACCUCACUUAACCUCUCUAAGAUAGGGUAAAUUCACAUUUCUUUCAUCUUCAGCUUUUUAGUGCCCUAAUAUCUCCCAUGAGACAAGAACAUGAUGCAAAGCUAAGUGAGCAAUAUCAGAAGAACAGUGCACAAGUAACAGCAAUACAAGAUGAUCACCUGGGAAGCCUUAGCUAUUCUCAGCAAUAAAAUGAUCCAAAUCAAUGCCAAAGGACUUGUGAUGAAAAAUGUUAUCCACCCCAGAGAAAGAACUGAUGGAGUCUGAAUGCAAAUCAAAGCACAUUUAAAAAAUAAAAUUUUUUCUUUGGAUCUA